AUGGCGGCACACGUAAAACUUUGUUGUCUAGAACCAUUUCCAAUAUAUUUGCACCCGCUGAACGUCCUUGUACAAAAAUUGCAAUUCACUCAUGUGUUCCCGAGUUGCACUGAAUCGUCAUAUGUAAUUGUGUUUUCCUCGAGGGACCUCCAGUCACCCUCAAAACGAGGUAUUUUACUUUCAGCUCAAUUGAUGUCCGAAGAGGAAACACCUGUGUUUGCACCUUCUGUCAUUCACAGUACAUUGAGGGUUUAUGUAAGCAGGUUGUUCCUCAGACACUACGGACUUGAACACGGCACACAAGGAAUGGUUCGCUUUAUAUCUCCGCUACCUCUGAACAAGGUUGUUAUUGGUGCGCGCACUCGACAAAGCUUCAAAUGGGCUAUCUCUGAAAAGUUCUCAAAUGGUCUCUUAGUCCUGGCAUCGUGUCAGAGGCAAACACUUUUGGCAAGGCAAGGAGAUAUACUGUUGUUACCUUAUCAUCCUUUAUUGGGUGAAGAUGCAGCUCAAGUGAAUCAGUAUCUGUCCGAUUUAGUUGUGCUGGAGUGUAGUCCCGUUAUGCAGGGGGUGAUAACCAUCAACACAAGCGUUGUGGUGUCAGACUGUAGGGACAUUGGCUAUCAUCAUGGCACAGUGGAACUGUCAAAUAACAGUUUUAACUCUAGAAAUGUGAUCACCUCGUUAUUUGCAUCAGAUUUUGCCCAUUAUGCUAACAGUCUAGGUUCUGGAAGUUCCUUGUUGAACAGUCAGUUGCUUGACCAUACUGAUUUUUCUGCUCUCCUGGAAGCACUUGAAUGCAGACUUGAGAUCAGGGUCAUUGAUUUGUCUAGUUUUCACAGACAGGGAAAAAUUUCAACAAACCAGGAAGGUCUGGUGGACGUGGAUAGCACUAUUUUUGUGAAUAAGAAUCUGCUACUGAAACUGGGAUUAUUUAAUGGGGAAUGGGUCAAAACAUCUGUGCUGAGUUUUCCUUCUGAAAAGGCAAAAAUACCCACAAAGGAAGAUCUGGCCCAAAGUCUAGGGCAGGCAGAGAACAAAUGUGCAGACAGGGGUUCAACCAAAACCAGGGGAUGUGUUCACCGUGCCUCAGUUGUGGUGUUUGACCUCUCCAAGUCUGGAGACGUGGAUCUUCAGGACAGUGUGGGCUUCAUCUCUCCUGUUCACUGGUUCAACUUAUCUAGCGGUGAACCAGCGCUCAUUGGCAACAAAGUGGUCAAGAUCAAGAGGUGGAAUAAGCCACCGACUCAAAUAAAGUUACAGCUCUCAGAGAGUGCAUCCCGCUCUGCUGCCCCGGCAUUUGCCAAAGAGCUCCACAUUGAGGCAGUCAUAUCACCUGACUACAACUCCCAUGGGCCUUUUGACAGCAUCCUCUAUAAACACUUCGGUACUGCAAGGCUUGUCAAACAAAGUUAUGUAUUGGCCAUUCCAACACUUGGCCAUCCUGAGAUUUUUGAGAACAACUCAGAAAGCAUCCCCAGGUGGCCAGUUUUGUAUUUCAAAGUGAAGAGGGUCUGUGGCUUUUCUCCAGAGGAGGGGGAGACAGGUCCCUAUCUAGCAGAUACAGAGCAUACCUCUCUCUACAUGGAAAGCUGCACCAAUAGCACAGUUCCAUGGCUUUUUACAAGUGAAGGUUCAUCAUCAUUCUGGACGAGCUUGUCCCCUCCUGGGCUCUCUAGCACCGUGGACCAACUGAUCACAGCUAUUCAGCCCCAUCUGAAUGAGAGCUCUGCUGCACUCAGGAACGGUUGCACCGUUCUGCUCCUCGGCCCAGGUGGAAGCGGCAAAGUCACUGUUGUCAAGGCGGCUUGUAGGAGGUUGCACCUGCAUUUAAUGAAGGUGGACUGUGUGACGCUGUGUGCAGACACUGCAGCUGCCUGUGAGGUGAAGAUGAAGACAGCCUUCCAAAGAGCAGAGCUCCACCGUCCGUGCCUUCUGUUGCUAAGGAACCUGCAAUUACUCGGACAGCCACGGGAUGGCACUGAGGUUGACUCCAGGGUGGUGGCUGCCCUCUGUCAGCUCAUAACCACCACCCCUUCCAGCGUAACGGUGGUGGCAGCUCUGAGCAGCCCACAGGAGCUGUCAUCAGAUUUGAUGGCAGCGUUUGUGCACCAGGUGGAGUUAGAGAGUCUCUCUGAGGAGCAGAGAAGAGCCAUGCUGUCCUGCCUUAGUGAUGGUCUCUCCUUGGGGAAGGAUGUCAACCUGAGCAAGCUCGCAAAACAGACGGCCGGCUUCCUUUUGGGGGACCUGUGUGCACUACUCAUCAAUGCUGGUAAAGCGGCUCAGAGACGGCUGCUGAAGACGUGUUUUCCAGACGGGGUGGGUAUACAGGAGGAAGAGGACCUGUGUGCAUCAGGGGUGACCAUUACAGCAGAGGACUUCACCAGGGCGAUGGACACCCUGCAGGAAGCCCACUCACAGGCCAUCGGAGCCCCAAAGAUUCCAUCAGUGAGGUGGCAGGAUGUUGGAGGUCUCCAGCAGGUGAAGAAAGAGAUCCUGGACACCAUUCAGCUUCCUCUGGAGCAUCCAGAGCUGCUCUCUCUUGGCCUCCGUCGCUCUGGCUUGUUGCUCUAUGGACCACCGGGCACUGGGAAGACCCUCCUGGCCAAAGCCGUGGCCACAGAGUGCUCCAUGACUUUCCUCAGUGUCAAAGGCCCAGAGCUCAUCAACAUGUACGUUGGCCAAAGUGAGGAAAACGUCAGAGAUGUAUUUUCAAAAGCCCGGGCUGCUGCUCCUUGUAUAAUCUUCUUUGAUGAACUGGACUCUUUGGCUCCUAACAGGGGCAAUAGUGGAGACUCUGGUGGAGUGAUGGACAGGGUUGUCUCUCAGCUCCUUGCUGAACUGGAUGGGCUUCACUCUUCUGGUGACGUGUUUGUCAUUGGAGCUACCAACCGCCCAGACUUGCUUGACCAAUCAUUGCUCAGACCUGGCCGAUUCGACAAGCUGGUCUACGUUGGGAUUAACGAAGACAGGGAAUCCCAGCUGCAGGUCCUAAAGGCAAUCGUAAGAAAGUUUAAAGUCGACCCCAGUGUUAGUCUAUCAGAUGUGGUGGAACGUUGCCCUGCUCAGCUAACCGGAGCAGACAUGUACGCUCUCUGCUCCGACGCCAUGAUGUCGGCGAUCAAGAGGAAGAUAACAUCUGUCAGUGAAGGUCUGGAGUCUGAAGAUAGUGAGCUGACCUUGUGUGCGGAGGACUUUUGGCAGGCCCUGGAGGUGCUACAGCCCUCUGUGACAGAGCAGGAGCUACUGAAAUACAAACUCAUCCAGCAGAAAUUCACAACAAAGUAACACUACCAACCAGAAUGCUGCCAGCCGCUACUCAGUAUCAAAGUUAACCUCCAUUCUGUUUCAGCUCCGGUGCAGGUUAGAACUGCCUGUCCUUUCUGCUGGUCUUUUUUACAGUUGAUUUGGAAUUGCUAUAGAAUGAAUUACUAAUCCUGCCUAACUCCUCA